AUUUGUCCAUUUUUCUUGAUCCGCAAUCCUUUCCCACCACAUUAUAAAGAUAUCUCUAACACUAAUCUACCCGCUGAACUACUUCCCAAGUACACAACACUUGAGUACACACUAUCUCGUCCCGCUCAGGCUCCACCUGUCUUCCUGUUUGUUGUCAAUACCUGUCUAGAUGCCGAUGACCUCAAAGCACUCCAUGACGCUCUUGUCGUCAGUCUCAGCUUGAUCCCACCAUAUGCAUUAGUUGGUCUCAUUACCUUUGGCACAAUGACACAAGUUCAUGAGUUUGGCUAUGCAGAGUGCAGCAAAUCAUACGUCUUCCGUGGCGGCAAGGAGUACACACAGAAACAGAUUCAGGACAUGCUUGGACUCAGUACGACAACUCGUGCCACACCCUGUGCCGGCCAACCCAUGCCCCAACAAUCCUUUGGAGCUGCGCGUUUCUUGCUUCCUGUCCAGCAAUGUGAAUUUCAACUCACUGGGAUUCUGGAGGCACUCGCUCGUGAUCCUUGGCCAGUUGCCAAUGACAAGCGUGCUUUACGUUGCACUGGUGUGGCCGUCAGUGUAGCCGUUGGACUCCUGGAGACAACUUUCCCUAACAUGGGUGUGUGUAUAAUGGUUUUCGUGGGUGGACCGGCAAUGGAGGGUCCAGGCAUGGUUGUCAGCAAUGAACUCAAGGAGCCUAUUCGCUCUCAUCACGACAUCGAACGGGACAGCGUCAAGCACUACAAACAUGCAGUAAAGGUUUUUCUAUUGGCGAAGAGGGUAUCCAACAAUGGCCAUGCUGUCGAUUUGUUUGCUGGUUGCUUGGAUCAAGUGGGCUUGCUAGAGAUGAAAUCAUUGCCCAACUCGACAAACGGUGUCAUUGUUCUAUCUGAUUCGUUUGCUACGUCGAUCUUCAAGCAAAGCUUCCUGCACAUGUUCAAUAAGGACGAUCAGGAUUUCUUGCAAAUGGGUUUUAACGCGACAUUCGAUACAACCAAAGAACUGAAAGUUUCUGGCCUCAUCGGACAUGCAAUAUCCGCCGGAAAGAGAUCUGUGUGCGUUGGCGAGACAGAGAUUGGUCAGACGUCAGCA